AUGUCUUCAUCAGCGACCCCUACAAAUGAAUGGCUAGUCAUUGUCCCCGACCAUGCCAACGCACUUGACAAACGACUAGCAGUCCGGCCCCAGCACCUCAAAGCGCUGGUACCCAAGAUCGAGGCCGGCAUCGUGGUCUUUGGCGGGGCAACCCUUUCGAAACAGCCCGGCGAGGGAGAGACACCGGAUAUGACGGGCAGUGCCAUGUUAAUAAAGGCAAAUACCGAGCAAGAGGUCAGGGAGUUUUUGGAGACUGAUGCGUACACGAAAGGGGGUGCUUGGGAUGUGAGCAAGGCGCAGAUCUAUCCUUUCAAGUGUGCGGUUCGGACGGCCAUGUGA